GAUCCGCGCCGUGGCAGACGUUGACGCCCGAGGUAAACCAUCCAGCUGAUCUCCGCAGGAAAGAGACAGAUAUUUCGUCCUUCAGCAUUUCCUCCCUGUUCUCAAGGACGAAAAUCCGACCAAUCUGGAUCUCCUCGGAUAUUGCAAGAUGGGCGCUAAUGCCUCACAGCUGGAGAAGGAGAUCGGGGCAGACCAAUUCCCUCCUAAUGAACACUACAUAGGCCUUGUAAAUUUUGGCAACACAUGCUACAUCAACUCCGUACUACAAGCACUCUAUUUUUGUAAGCCUUUCCGGGAAAAGAUCCUGGAAUACAAAGCCAAGAACAAGCGGACGAAGGAGACCCUCCUGGCCUGCCUGGCUGACCUCUUCUACAACAUUGCCACCCAGAAGAAGAAGGUCGGCAGCAUAGCACCAAAGAAGUUCAUUGCCAGAUUCAGGAAAGAGAACGGUACGAAGUACAGACGAGGUGUUAAAUAACCUGUCGGUAGAGGUGCAUCAAAACACCAGCAUUACACACUGCUUGCGGUGUUUCUUCUCCACAGAGACCAUCAGUGCAGAGAACAAAGUACAGUGUGAGAAUUGCUGCUCCCUCCAGGAACACCAAAAACGCACAAGGGUAAAGAAACUACCAACGAUUCUAGUCCUUCACCUAAAGAGAUUCCAGUUCUUAGGGCAGUACAACCGCACUCUCAAACUCUCGCACAGAGUAGUAUUCCCUUUGGAGCUCAGGGUGUUUGAUACGAGUUCGGAUGCUGUGAAUCCAGAUCGAAUGUAUGACCUUGCAGCUGUUGUCGUCCACUGUGGAACAGGCAUCAACAGAGGUCAUUACAUUGCUAUUGUCAAGUCUCACAGAUUUUGGUUACUCUUUGAUGAUGAUGCAGUGGAUAAAAUUGAUCCUUCUGUCAUGGAGGAAUUCUAUGGACUCACAUCAGAGAUUCAGAAGUCCUCGGAAACAGGCUACAUCCUGUUCUACCAGGCCCGAGACCCAACGUAACUUCCACUCAAGUGCCCAAGCAGGCAAGAGUCCACAGGUCACGUCCAGCCGAACCUUCGGAGGAGACUGACAAGGGGAAAUAGUCACUUGAGGAGCAGAGAGGACUUGCGUAGAGAGGAGCUCAUGCUGGCGGUUCAGUCUAGUUGUGUAUUUAAAUGUAUUGAUCUAGUUCAGGUUUUACUCUAGGAUGAAUGCACCUUAUGUAUAUUUGUAUUUGAAGACUUCGGGAGUUAUUUCGCAGAUGUUAUUAUUGUAAUGUAUUAUUGAUAAUGUGCACUUGUAUAUAAGAGUUUAUAACAGAGAUACUUUACAGUCUAUGGCAAAGGCUCUUGGGAUAAAAGUUUGUAUAUUGUAGACACUUCA